AAACAAAAGUGAACGUAGUUGUCGCGUCUUGGGCUGCUGGAUCGUCUCAUCAUCUGGCCAUACUUCACACAAGAAAGAUGAGAUCAAUUGCUCUCCAUGGUGCUCUUAGCUUGCGGUGCUUCAGCAAUGGCACCGCGCUGGACAAGACGGACCGACCGCACGCACUGUCACUCCGACAGCCACCUCGGGUGGUGAUCAGUACCAUCAAUUUAUAAUACGAUCGCCGGGACGGAUUCUUUGACCUCCCCGCCGCAUCCACCGCCACUUCUGUCCCCUCUCCCCUCCCUGCAAGCGAAUCACAGCCGCCAUUGCUCAGCCUCUGAGGAGCGGAGCGGAGCCGAGGUCGAUGGAGCCCAUCCCUCUGCUCACGCCCUACAAGAUGGGCCAGUUCGAGCUGUCGCACCGGGUCGUGCUGGCGCCCAUGACGCGGCAGCGCGCCUACGGCGGCGUGCCGCAGCCGCACGCCGCCCUCUACUACUCCCAGCGCGCCACCCCCAGGGGGCUCCUCAUCUCCGAGGCCACGCGCGUCGCGCCGGCAAGGGAGGACGAGGAGCCGACGUCGUUCAGGGACAUGCCGGGGGUCUGGGCGGCCGAGCAGGUCGAGGCGUGGAGGCCCGUGGUGGACGCCGUGCACGCCGAGGGCGCCGUCUUCUUCUGCCAGCUCUGGCACGCCGCCGCCGGCGACGGCGAUGCCGUCCCGCAAAGGCAGCUGGUGAGCCCGCAGAUGAGCUUCGACGGCCGCCGCGAGGAGCUGACGUCGCCGAGGAGGGUGGCCGCCGAGGACGCGCCCGCCGUCGUCGACGCCUUCAGACGCGCCGCCAGGAACGCCAUCGAUGCCGGCUUCGACGGCGUCGAGCUCCAAGGCACCAACGGCUACUUCGUCGUCGACGGUGGCGAUGGCCCGGAGAGCCGGUGCCGGUUCGCGCUGGAGGUGGUGGAGGCCGUGGCGCGGGAGAUCGGCGGCCACCGCCUGGGCCUGCGGCUGGACCAGUUCACCGCCGGGCCCGACGAGCACGCGCUGGCGCUCCACGUCGUGAGCCGGCUCAACGACCUCGGCGUGCUCUACUGCCACAUGAUCGAGCCCAAGGUGGACGGCCGGCGGCGCGUGUCCCGGCGGCUGCUGCCGUACAGGGAGGCGUUCGGCGGCACGUUCAUCGCCAGCGGCGGGUACGGGCGAGAGGAGGGCGACGCGGCCGUCGGCGAGGGGUACGCCGACCUGGUGGCCUACGGGCGGCUCUUCCUGGCCAACCCGGACCUGCCGAGGAGGUUCGAGCUGGGCGCGCCGCUCAACGACUGCGUCAGCGCCACCUUCUACGGCGCCGGCGCCGGAGCCGCCCACCCCGCUGUCGGAUACACCGAUUACCCCUUCCUAGAAUGAUCGAUGAUCGUGCUCGGAUGCUGUUUUCGGCGCAAACGAUCGACCAUGAUUUGCCCCAGUGUUGUAUAUAUGACAGUGCUAAUUUUAUGGGGAUUAAGUUCAUCAAUCAAUUCGAUCCUCUCGUUAAUGUACUAGUGCAAUGUUGAGUCA